AUGAGUGUUUCCAUGAGUUACAUUGGUGGAAUGAUGUUUGGUUUAAUUAAUGCCAGCCGAAAAUGGGUUGGAGGAGAAGUUGUGCAAGCACUGGCUUAUGAUGUGCCAAUUCCUGGAUACCAAACCAAGAACACCAUCAGUCUCCGCCUCUGGGAAGCAAAAGCGUCUGCUGAGGAUUUUAAUUUAUUUUUAUUUAAUGAUGGGCAUCAUGAAUCUGCUUCAGUGCUUCACUCACGGUCUGAACAGAUAUGUGCGGUCUUAUAUCCUGGGGAUGCCACAGAAGGUGGAAAACUUCUACGGCUGAAGCAGCAGUACUUUCUCUGCAGUGCAUCACUCCAAGACAUAAUUUCCCGAUUCAAGGAGAGGAGACAAGGACCCUGGAACUGGUCUGAGUUUCCGACAAAGGUUGCUGUACAAUUGAAUGAUACUCACCCAACUCUUUCAAUACCUGAGUUGAUGCGAUUACUUAUGGAUGAUGAAGGGCUUGGUUGGGAUGAAGCAUGGGAUGUGACAUCAAAGACAAUUGCUUACACAAACCAUACUGUCCUCCCUGAAGCGCUGGAGAAAUGGUCUCAACCUGUAAUGUGGAAACUGCUUCCUCGCCACAUGGAAAUCAUAGAAGAAAUUGACAGGAGAUUCAUAGCAAUGAUAAGUAAAACCCGGUUGGACCUUGAGAUUGAACUUUCCACCAUGCGCAUCUUGGACAAUAAUCCCCAGAAGCCACUGUUCGGAACCCUUUGAACACUAAGAUAAUGCUUGAGGAUUAAGUUUAUGCUCUCACGUGAACCCUAGUA